UUUCACUCCGAAUUCCCACUCUUGUCGUGUACACAGACCCUCUUUCUCACCAUUGCCCCGCAUUUAUUGCAGUGAUGACUUCAAUAUCGCACUUAUGAAUCUAUUCUUUGUCGUCUUUGCCAUCGGUUCUGCUCUUGCUGCGUUACAGAAGUACAUCUUUGGCAUUUUUGGUGGUGCAACAAAUACCGCUCUACCUGAUCCAAACGUGGAUCCAUUCUAUAAAGUACCAUCUUCCAUUGCAUCGUAUCAACCAGGUGAAGUCAUCUCAUCAAGAGAGGUAAUCACACAUAUCGACAAAUCCUACUACAACAAAAGUUUUCAGAUAUUAUAUCGUACACAAAAUACAGCGCAAGAACCUGAUGCAACGGUAGCAACUUUAUGGUGGCCGAAAGAGCCCGUAUACCCCGCCAAAGUUCUCUCUCUUCACGUAUUCACAGAUUCCGCUCAGCUGAAUUGCAACCCUUCUUGGGCAUUCCUCAAAGAAACCGCUUCACAAAAUGUAUUAACUACAACAGUUGACGCUCCCUUUUACGUAGAAUGGGCUUUGUGGAAAGGGUACUACGUUGUUGCACCCGAUUAUCUAGGUUCUGUCUCUGCUUUCAAUGCAGGCUAUCAAGAAGGUUAUGCGGUCUUGGAUGGUCUACGUGCAACAUUGAACUUUAACAAACUGGAUAAGGAUUCAGAAUUGGUCAUGUUUGGCUAUAGCGGUGGAGCACAUGCGACUGUUUGGGCUGCCAAUCUGGCCAACGAAUAUGCAACUGAGCUUAACAUCAUCGGCACAGCACACGGAGGGACACCGGUAGACACUCGUGGAAUUUAUAACAAUCUCAUGGGCUCCGUCUGGUCAGGAAUAGCCGGAGCAGGUUUAUCCGGUUUAGCAAAAGCAUAUCCAGACUUCAACGAAUAUUUGAUGUCCCUUCUGACAGAGAAGGGAAAGAAGCAUUUAGAUCAAGUUUCUGCUCCUAAUGUUUGUUUGAUGCAAAUCGUAUUUGGAUUUCCUUAUAAAGAUUUUUCAUCAGAAACAACACUCAAAACUAUACCCCUAGAUGAUGAAAUACCCAAAAAGUUUUUACAACGUGAAUCUUUACUGAAAAAUGUCAGUGCAAAAGCAGUGAAUAUACCCAAAUUUCCAACAUUUCAAUAUCAUGCCCAAUUGGACGAAAUCGUUCCAAGAAACAAUCAUGAACAAUUUAUCGAACAACAAUGUGAAGAAGGUGCAAAGAUUCAGUAUGAAGUUUUACCCUUGCAAGAUCAUCUUACUACAGUCAUUUUGGGAGUACCUGUAGCCAUUCGAGCUUUAAGUCAACUUUUUGAUGGGACCCUUGAUACUUCAAGAUGUGGUAAAUCAAGUCAACAGCCCAUCAUCAAUCCAGAUUCAGCCGAAGUUGAUGAAAUUAUGGGAUCUUUGGCAGCUGCCCGAUUACGCAAAUUUAAUGGAAAGGAUACCCCGUUAGCUAAGUUUUCAUGGUGAAUGCGAAUAUUUCAGAGGACAUUUGUAAUAUUAUCUUUUUUAUUUUGGAAUGAAC